CCCAAGUCUAGUCUGCGCUUUCCCCAGGCAUUUGCCGUGUCCAAAAAAGUGCAACUGAUUUUAAUCAAUAGUCAAUAGCAACAAUCACGGGCAGCUUCAUCAAUAAGAGGCUGAUUUCGGAAUAAACAUGCUGACGAGAACUUCACGACCACUUACCAAGGCCCCCGAGCCAGACAAGCGGCCAACCGUCAGAAACAUGAUCAAAUGGCUCUGGCAUGAUGGGUUUUACAAGGGAGUCGUUGGCUGGAGAGGCAACGUGGAGCUAGGAGAUAUCAGUCUGCCAACUGAGGCGUUUAAUUCGCAAAUGAAACGGUACAAUGAGCCGCGACUUGAAGACUUUGACCAAGUGGCAGCGUGUUUUAAAGACGAGUCGUGCCCCCCAAACUUUGUGGAAGAGAUGAUAGAGAAGCACAGCGAGCUGAUCCCGAGAGCAGUGAAGAAGAUCAACAAGCAACUUUUACAUGCUGGAGUCUCCGGGGAAGAGGUCGACAGGCUGGGCAAAGGACACGACGCGGGGAAGAAAGAGGCAUAUGCAAAGCUUGACAGGCUGGUUGAGGCCAAACGGAAGAUACAACCCGAAGAGAGGGUAUAUCGGGUAGUGUUUGGCAAGGUGGAUGGUAGAUGGCUGAGCCAGGAGGUCCCAGUGGAUGCUAACUGCACUCUGGCUGAAUUCGACAGCAAGACACGGGAGUAUAGUCUGGCUUCAUGCGAGGGCAGCGGAGUUGAUGCUAUGGUUGGCAAUGGCAUACCAAGGAUGAACAAGAGGCGAAGCGAGAGUCAAUGGCUCUACAAGCUUGUACCAGCCGGCCAGAGCGUGGUCAAGCAGACUGAGGAAGGCUGGAAGAGACUUGAGACGCCGCAACACUUUGAACGCUUGAAGGAGAGGCAAGUCCAGCACAGGCCCGUGACAGUCCUGAUGUGUCGUGUAGGUUUCCUACAGCGCAAAAAAAUACUGGAAGAAAAGCAUGAUUCGAAGAGACUGACGGGGUAUAUAUUGUGAUAGGAAGAGAUGCUGCACCAUCUGAUGCUGGUAGCAGAUCCAGCGCCCGAGACGAAGCUCAAGACGCA